CAUUGCUAGAGAUGGGCACGCAAGACUUGACCUUUGUCCAACUUAAUCAGUUGAUUGGAAGGAAAACCGGAGGGAUAUCAGUUUAUCCACUUACAUCCUCUGUGUGGGGUAGGGAUGAUCCAUGUAGCAAAAUCAUUGUGCGUGGAAAAUCCAUGGUUGGACGCGCUGAAGACCUUUUUCACCUGAUGAAGUGUGUGCUGCAAGAGGUGCGAUUUACAGAUCAACAACGGUUUAAACAAUUCGUCUCUCAGAGUAGGGCCGGAAUGGAGAACCAUUUGAGGGGAAGUGGUCAAGGAAUUGCUGCUACGAGGAUGGAAGCAAUGUUGAACGCUGCUGGAUGGAUGUCUGAACAGAUGGGUGGUCUCAGUUACCUUGAAUAUCUACAUACUCUCGAACAGAAGGUGGAUCAAGACUGGGAAGGAAUUUCAUCGUCACUUGAGGAAAUCAGAAGAUCUUUCCUUUCCAGGAAUGGUUGCAUAGUUAAUAUGACUGCUGAUGGAAAGACUCUUACAAACACGGAAAAGUUUGUUGGAAAAUUUCUUGAUUCACUCCCUGAAAAUCCUUCUGGUGGACUCGUCACUUGGGAUGCACGACUACCUUUGAGAAAUGAAGCUAUAGUAAUACCAACCCAGGUGAAUUAUGUGGGGAAAGCAGGUAAUAUAUACAGCAGUGGCUAUGAGCUUGAUGGGAGUUCAUAUGUUAUAUCAAAGCAUAUUAGUAACACAUGGUUAUGGGAUCGUGUUCGUGUAAGUGGUGGUGCAUAUGGGGGUUCCUGUGAUUUUGAUUCACAUUCAGGAACAUUUUCGUUCUUAUCUUACCGUGAUCCCAACCUAUUAAAGACUCUAGACAUAUAUGAUGGAACUGGGGAUUUCUUACGUGGCCUUGAUGUUGAUGAAGACACCCUUACUAAAGCAAUCAUUGGGACAAUUGGCGAUGUUGAUUCAUACCAACUCCCUGAUGCCAAAGGUUAUAGCAGUUUGUUGAGGCAUUUACUUAAUGUAACCUACGAAGAGAGGCAAAUAAGGCGCGAAGAGAUAUUAACAACAAGUUUGAAGGACUUCAAGGAAUUUGCAGAAGCAAUCGACUCGGUGAAAGAUAAAGGCGUUGCAGUGGCCGUGGCAUCACAAGAAGACAUCGAUGCAGCAAACAAAGAACGCUCAAACUUUUUCGAGGUGAAGAAGGGUCUUUGAGUCUGAGACCCUCUUAAAAAGUAGCUUAGCACAAUGAGGAAGAAAAUUUUCUUAGGUUCAUAUUAUUUUGUGGUUUAUUUCACUGUGUUUUACAUAUAGAGUUAUAUGCCAACAUCAUGAAUUUAUCAUAGUUGAAAUAAAGCGUUUUCACCUCAAAACA